AUGGCAAAGAAGGUCAAGAAGGACAAGACGGUGGUGAGAGUGAAUAAGGAGAUUGCUCCUAAGGACGCCGCCCCAGUCACCGCGACCUCCACCGGCGAAGCCCCUCCCGCUCAGCUCAUGGACCUCGUCGAGUCCUUCCUGUCCGACCAAGGCUUCGACAAUGCCCACCGCGAGUUUAAGAAACACCGGGCGAAGAGGGGCUGGAAGUGCCAGGACCCUAAGAAGAGCAAGGGCAAAGAGCACCACUCCCUGGUCGGCGUUUUUCAGACGUGGGAGACCUUUCCUAGCAAAGACACCACGCCCGCCGCAACAACUCAACAGGCUAUAGAGCACAUCACCAAGGUCAGCAGCAGCGAUGAUAGCGACAGCUCUGAGAGUGACAGUAGUGAUGAUGACUCUUCCGAGGACGUUGCCAUGGCCGACGCACCUGCCGACGCCGAUGCUAGCAGCUCGGAGUCUUCUAGCAGUAGCUCCAGCUCCAGCGAGGGUGAGAGUGGCAGUGGUAGUGACAGCGAUGAAGAGGAGGCAACUACAGCAGCAGCACCUGCUGUAACCGUCAUAAAGACCAAGACGACUGCCAAUUCGCGGAAGCGUAAGGCCAAGUCGGUCAGCGAGAGCUCAUCAUCGGGUUCUGAGUCAGACGAAGACAUGACCAGUUCGAGCUCCGAGGACGAAAAACCAAAGGCGAAGAAGGUCAAGAAGGCCGUUAGCUCUGACGAGAGUUCUGCCUCGUCCUCAGACUCUGAGUCUGAAUCAGAGUCUGACUCCUCUGAGGACGAGGUAGCUGUAGCUGCCAAAGUGCCAUUGCCCGAAUCUGACUCCUCCUCAAGCGAGUCCGAGUCUGAAGAUGAGAAGCCUACCAAAGCCUCCAAAGACAAUGCCACCAACGGCACAGGAUCUGAUACCUCGGCGACGUUGGAUAAAACCUCUCCCAAGAUCACUCCGCUGUCUACCUUUGCCCCUUUCCCACCUAACCCGAGCACCCUCAAGACCAACAAUCGAGGUCAGAACGGAGACAAGCCCAAGAAGGUGCAGAACCAGCCAUUUUCACGCAUCCGCAACGAUGUAGUCGUCGAUCCGCGCCUAUCAUCGAAUGCCUAUGUUACUCACGGGUAUGGCGAGAAAGCCCAUCAGGAUCUGAUCAUCACUAAGGGUAAGGGCUUCACGAAGGAGAAGAACAAGAAGAAGCGCGGAAGCUACAAGGGCGGCCCUCUGGAUGUCAACAUGAGUCGAAGCAUCAAGUUCGAGGACUAG